AGAGAAAUAAAACGGACUUUUGACCUCCGAAUGCGACUUCGAUCUUCCUCUUCUCCUCCAGAUUCCGCGUUCUCGAAUUCCGAUCUCGAUCCGGCGAUCCGACGGGAUCGCGAUCGCGCAUGAAUCGCCGUCGCCGGUGAGGGGAUCCGAUCGACGACGACGACGACGGGGCCGGUCCAGCGGGGGAAUCCCGGCCGAUCGCGGCGGCGGCGGCGAUGGAGAGCAGAUCCGGCGUGACGAUGAAGGUGAGAUUCGACGGCUCGGCAGCUCACGGCAGGAAGAUCGAGAGCUCCUCGAGCCGAGACUCCAUCGCCUCGAAGCACAAAUCCGCCUCGGCCGUGGUGAAAACCGAGGUGAAGUCUAAGACGACGCCGAGCUCAUCAAAGACCGCGACGACGAGAACGACGACCACUAAAGUGAGAGAGAAGAAAGUGUUCAGUUUGGCCGGCCAGAAGUUUGAUCCUCCUGAAGAGAGAGAACCCUUGAGGAUAUUUUACGAGUCGUUGUCAAAACAAAUCCCAACGAGCGAAAUGGCAGAGUUCUGGAUGAUGGAACAUGGCUUGUUGUCCCCUGAAAGAGCAAAAAGAGCAUAUGAGAAGAAACAGAAGAAGCAAAAGCAAAUACGCACAGGAACCCCCAUUAAGUCACCAUAUACACCUAGCAAACCCGAGAGUUCACAGAAACAGCAAGCCUCAAAAAAUGGCGACUUAAAGGCCAAGAGAAGAAUUAUCCAGGACAGUGAUGACGACGACAACUUCAUUUUAAGUCAUAGGAGAAGGAAAGUUUAGGAGAUACCAUAAAAUGUUUGUUUAGACAUUGCUUCAUUUACUUAUAAGAACACGAGACUGCAAAGCAGGGGUAGUGAGUGAAGCAAUCGAUGUUGCAAGAAAAAGUACAUUCUUUUUUAACUUAUGAGGACAAUAGACAAUAAAAUGAAAACUUGGAUAC